CACAAUUAUGAGAAGAAGCCGCUGGGCCGAGGCCGCCACCAGCGCUGGGUCCCGGUCUGGAGCCGAGCUCGUGCCACCCCCGCCCGCGCCCCGCCGCCGCCGCUGUCGGAGCGCUGCCCCCGGCCGGCCUCGCCCAGUGCCCCUCGCCGCUGCCGCCGCCGCUGAGCCCAGCCCCGAUAGAUGGAGACAGGCCCCGUCACCGCCGCAGCCGCAGCCGAACCACGAGCAGGAGCUGCCCGGCGCGAGGAGACCCAGAGCCGGCGGCGAGACCCAGCGCGCCCCUGAGGAGAAUGUCCCAGAAAUCUUGGAUAGAAAAUACUUUCACCAAGAGGGAAUGUGUGUAUAUUAUACCAACUUCAAAGGACCCCCACAGAUGUGUUCCAGGAUGUCAGAUUUGUCAGCAGCUUGUCAGGUGCUGCUGUGGUCGAUUGGUCAGGCAACAUGCUUGCUUUACCGCAAGUCUUGCCAUGAAAUACUCUGAUGUGAAACUGGGUGAAAAUUUGAGUCAGGAAAUAGAAGAAUGGUCAGUGGAAAAACACACAGAGCAGACUUCAACUGAUGCUUAUGGUGUCAUAAAUUUUCAAGGUGGCUCUCAUUCCUACAGAGCUAAGUAUGUGCGAUUGUCAUAUGACACUAAACCUGAAGCCAUUCUACAACUUAUGCUUAGAGAAUGGCAGAUGGAGCUGCCCAAGCUUGUUAUUUCUGUACAUGGCGGAAUGCAGAAAUUUGAACUUCACCCACGCAUCAAACAAUUGCUUGGUAAAGGUCUUAUUAAAGCUGCAGUAACAACAGGAGCCUGGAUUUUGACUGGAGGAGUGAACACAGGUGUUGCGAAACAUGUUGGUGAUGCCCUCAAAGAACAUGCUUCCAGAUCAUGUCGAAAGAUUUGUACUAUUGGCAUAGCCCCAUGGGGAGUGAUUGAAAACAGAAAUGACCUUGUUGGAAGAGAUGUGGUUGCUCCAUAUCAAACCCUGUUAAACCCUUUAAGUAAACUAAACGUCCUAAAUAAUCUCCAUUCCCAUUUCAUACUGGUGGAUGAUGGAACAGUUGGAAAAUAUGGAGCAGAAGUUAAACUGCGAAGAGAACUGGAAAAAACUAUCAAUUUACAACGGAUCCAUGCAAGAAUUGGACAGGGUGUCCCUGUGGUAGCACUCAUAUUUGAAGGUGGUCCAAAUGUUGUUCUCACUGUUUUGGAAUACCUUCAGGAAAAUCCUCCUGUGCCUGUGGUGGUAUGUGAGGGAACGGGUAGAGCUGCAGACAUUCUGGCGCAUGUUCAUAAACAAACAGAAGAAGGAGGGAACAUUCCUGAAGGAGCAGAACCUGAAAUUAUUUCAACUAUCAAAAAGACAUUUAACUUCGGUCAGAGUGAGGCAGUUCAUCUCUUUCAGACGCUGCUGGAAUGCAUGAAAAAAAAAGAACUUAUUACUGUGUUUCAUGUUGGGUCAGAUGAACAUCAAGAUAUUGACGUUGCAAUACUCACAGCACUGUUAAAAGGCACAAAUGCAUCUGCACUUGACCAGCUUGUCCUUACACUGGCGUGGGAUCGAGUUGACAUUGCCAAAAAUCAUGUUUUUGUUUAUGGGCAACAGUGGCUGGUUGGAUCACUGGAACAGGCUAUGUUAGAUGCCCUGGUGAUGGAUAGAGUUGCAUUUGUGAAACUUCUUAUUGAAAAUGGAGUAAGCAUGCAUAAAUUCCUUACAAUUCCCAGGCUGGAAGAACUUUACAACACAAAACAAGGCCCAACUAACCCAACACUGUUUCACCUUGUUCGUGAUGUCAAACAGGGAAACCUUCCUCCAGGAUAUAAAAUCAAUCUGAUCGAUGUUGGACUUGUUAUUGAAUAUUUGAUGGGAGGAACCUACAGGUGCACAUACACAAGGAAACGCUUUAGAGCCAUAUACAACAGUCUCAGUGGGAACAAUCGGCGGUCUGGGCGAAAUCCUUCAAAUAAUACUCCUCAAUUGCGUAAAAGCCAUGAGUCUUUUGGUAACAGAGCAGAUAAAAGAGAAAAAAUGCGACAUAAUCACUUCAUCAAAACUGCACAGCCUUACAAACCAAAGAUUGAUACCACUGCAGAAGAAGGAAAAAAGAAAAGAACCAAAGAUGAAAUAGUAGAUAUCGAUGAUCCUGAAACUAGACGUUUUCCUUAUCCUCUUAAUGAGCUGUUACUUUGGGCAGUGUUGAUGAAGAGGCAGAAGAUGGCCCUCUUCUUCUGGCAGCAUGGUGAAGAAUCCAUGGCUAAAGCCUUAGUUGCCUGCAAAGUGUACCGCUCAAUGGCAUAUGAAGCAAAGCAAAGUGACCUUGUUGAUGAUACCUCGGAAGAACUGAAGGAGUAUUCCAAUGAGUUUGGACAACUGGCAGUUGAACUAUUAGAACAGUCCUUCCGACAGGAUGAAACAAUGUCUAUGAAGUUACUAACCUAUGAGCUGAAGAACUGGAGUAACUCAACUUGUCUUAAGCUAGCAGUGUCAUCAAGACUUCGCCCAUUUGUAGCUCAUACUUGUACACAAAUGUUGUUAUCUGAUAUGUGGAUGGGAAGGCUGAACAUGCGGAAGAAUUCAUGGUACAAGGUGAUCUUGAGCAUUUUGCUUCCCCCUGCCAUACUGUUAUUGGAAUAUAAGACUAAGGCUGAAAUGUCCCAUAUUCCGCAGUCUCAAGAUGCACACCAAAUGACAAUGGAAGAUAGUGAAAACAACUUCCAGAAUGCAGUAGAUGAAAUACCUAUGGAAGUAUUUAAAGAAGUAAAAAUUUUGGACAGUUCUGAAGAAAAGCAUGACCUGGAGACACCAACUAAACCGAAGAGGCUUCCAAUUACACAGAAGUUUUAUGCAUUCUAUCAUGCACCAAUUGUGAAAUUCUGGUUUAACACGCUGGCAUACUUAGGAUUUCUCAUGCUCUACACAUAUGUCGUGCUUGUGAAAAUGGAGGAGUUACCAUCAGUUCAAGAAUGGAUUGUUAUUGCUUACAUUUUUACAUCAGCCAUUGAAAAGAUUCGUGAGAUCUUUAUGUCAGAGGCUGGAAAGAUUAACCAAAAGGUUAAAGUGUGGUUCAGUGACUACUUCAAUGUCAGUGAUACAAUUGCCAUUGUUACUUUCUUUAUCGGGUUUGCACUAAGGUUUGGAGCAAAAGGGAACUUUCAUGAUGAUACUUAUAAAAAAAAUUACAUAUUUGUUUCUGGAAGAAUAACAUACUGUCUAAAUAUUAUAUUUUGGUAUGUGCGAUUACUGGAUUUUUUGGCGGUAAAUCAACAGGCUGGCCCUUAUGUCAUGAUGAUUGGGAAAAUGGUGGCCAACAUGUUUUACAUUGUGGUGAUUAUGGCACUUGUGCUGCUUAGUUUUGGUGUUCCCAGGAAAGCAAUACUGUAUCCUAAUGAAGCACCGUCUUGGACCCUUGCUAAGGAUAUUGUGUUUCAUCCAUACUGGAUGAUUUUUGGUGAAGUUUAUGCAUAUGAAAUUGAUGUGUGUGCAAAUAAAUCAGAGGUUGAUCAUCUCUGUGGACCUGGAACAUGGCUGACCCCAUUUCUUCAAGCUGUCUACCUCUUUGUACAAUACAUUAUUAUGGUUAAUCUCCUCAUUGCAUUUUUCAACAAUGUAUAUUUACAAGUAAAGGCAAUUUCAAAUAUUGUAUGGAAGUAUCAGCGUUAUCAUUUCAUCAUGGCCUACCAUGAAAAGCCUGUUCUGCCUCCACCUCUUAUUAUUCUUAGUCACAUGGCUUCCUUAUUUUGUUGUAUAUGUAAGAGAAGAAAGAAAGACAAGACCUCAAAUGGGCCAAAACUCUUCCUAACUGAAGAAGACCAAAAGAAGCUUCAUGACUUUGAAGAGUUAUGUGUUGAGAUGUAUUUUAAUGAAAAGGAUGAUAAAUUCCACUCUGGCAGUGAAGAGAGAAUCCGAGUCACUUUUGAACGGGUUGAGCAUAUGUGCAUUCAAAUAAAAGAAGUUGGUGAUCGAGUCAAUUACAUCAAACGAUCAUUGCAGUCUUUAGAUUCCCAGAUUGGCCAUUUACAGGACCUCUCUGCUCUGACUGUGGACACUCUAAAAACACUAACUGCACAAAAGGCUUCAGAAGCUAGCAAGGUCCAUAAUGAAAUUACCCGGGAGUUGAGCAUUUCAAAGCAUUUGGCACAAAACCUUAUUGAUGAUGGCCCUUCAAGGUCUUCUGUGUGGAAAAAACAUAGCAUAGGAAAUAUUUUUGGUUCUUCUUUUCCACAAGGUGGCCUUGAGAGUAAUAAUGCUUUACUCUGUAACAUUUCUACACGCAAUGAAAGAAACACCCAAUAUAUGAUGGGUCAGGAUUUAGAUCCUGUUCCCAGGAGGGAAGAACUACUUUUACAAGAGGCAGGUUCCUCAGGCAGUGCCUUAUUUCCAAGUGCUGUUAUUCCUCCAGAACUUCGACAAAGAGUACAGGGUGCAGAGAUCUCAAAAUGCAUUAAUAAAAAUAAAAAACUAGGCAACUCAUCAAACAGCAUGCCACAUCUGACAUCAUCAACAACUAAAUUUUUUGUUAGCACUCCAUCUCAGCCCAAUUGCAAAAGUCAGCUGGAAUCUACAGCAAAGCAAGAAGAAGCUAUUUGCUCUAAGGCUACAGAAGGAGAUAAUAAUGUAGAGUUUGGUGCAUUUGUAGGUCACAGAGACAGCAUGGAGUUACAGCGGUUUAAAGAAAUAGCAAACAAAGAAAAAAAUAAUAUUGAGGAGCAACAAGAAGACUUUAAGAAAGCUAUUCUGGAGGGUAUAGAGAUGACCAGACACCAGGACGGUCUUCAAACUGACUGUAAUUUGAGACAGACUAACUCUUGCAGUGGAUUUGCUGAAUAUCUUGAAAACUCUUUGGCAGGUCAUUCGGAACAGUUGUACAGCAUGAGUAGAAGAGCAUCAACUGAAGAAAGUCAUCAAGUAGACUCCAAAGCAGCCUUGCUCCCGGAUUGGGUACAAGGUAGACCUUCAAAUAGUAGUCAAAUGCCUUCUGAUGAAGAUGCGUUGAAUGGUAUUGCUUCUCCUUUUAAGCCAAUAAUGGAUAUCAAUUACUACUACUCAGCUGUAGAAAGAAAUAAUUUGAUGAGGUUAUCACAGAGCAUUCCAUUCACUCCUGUGCCUCCAAGAGGUGAGCCAGUCACUGUGUAUCGCCUUGAAGAAAGUUCUCCCAACACGUUGAACAACAGCAUGUCUUCCUGGUCACAGCUAGGACUCUGUGCAAAAAUUGAAUUUUUAAGUAAAGAAGAGAUGGGUGGUGGUUUACGUCGAGCUGUUAAAGUAGUAUGCACGUGGUCAGAAUAUGAUAUCUUGAAAUCAGGACAUCUUUAUAUCAUCAAAUCUUUUCUUCCUGAAGUUGUGAAUACUUGGUCGAGCAUCUACAAAGAAGACACGGUGUUACACCUCUGUUUGAGAGAAAUUCAACAGCAGAGGGCAGCACAAAAGCUCACAUUUGCUUUCAAUCAAAUGAAGCCUAAAUCCAUUCCAUAUUCUCCAAGGUUCCUGGAAGUUUUCUUGUUAUAUUGCCACUCAGCUGGACAGUGGUUUGCCGUUGAAGAGUGCAUGACUGGAGAGUUUGGAAAAUACAACAAUAACAAUGGUGAUGAAAUAAUUCCAACAAAUAUGCUAGAGGAGGUCAUGCUAGCUUUCAGCCACUGGACUUACGAAUAUACAAGAGGGGAGUUGUUGGUACUUGAUUUGCAAGGUGUAGGCGAAAAUUUGACAGAUCCUUCUGUUAUAAAGGCUGGAGAAAAAAGGUCUUAUGAUAUGGUGUUUGGUCCAGCCAAUCUAGGAGAAGAUGCAAUCAAAAACUUCAGAGCUAAACACCACUGUAAUUCCUGCUGCAGGAAGCUUAAACUUCCUGAUCUGAAGAGGAACGACUAUACACCUGACAAAAUCAUAUUUCCUCAGGAUGAUUCACCAGAAUUGACAAUUCAGCCAGGAAGCUGCACCAAAGAAUCAGAAUCAACUAAUUCUAUUCGUCUAAUGCUGUAAUGACAUGACCAAAUCAUUGGCUUCGCUUAAACUUUACAAAAUGUCAUAAAGUUGUCACUUACUAUUCUCCACUGAAAUUUAGUUUAUAUUAGAUGAAAGAGCUAUCAGAAUAAGGAACUAUACAUUUUAAGUGGAAUUUUGGUGGGCAGUCUAUCAGCUAGGGGACCUGACAACUUGUGGUAACCCCCUACAGAGAAUAGCUGGCAGCUGGUCAUUUUAAAGGUUCAAUAAUGGCAAGUAUUUAUGAUGUGUUUUUAAAAGGGGCUUUUUAGCAGAAGCUUUAUCUUUAAUUUUAUUUUGGUUUAGUGGAGGAUCUUUUCUCUCAUCCUGUGGUGCAAUAUACCCUUGACCAAAAGAAUUUUGGGGGUCUGAUAUUUUAAGGCAAAAUGUCUGUUUGGCAGGUGGUUGACUGUCAACCAGCCAAAAAAAAAAUGAAGAAAGCACCCUUCCUCUUAAUGUUAGAUGAUUCCCUAAGAAGUUAUAGAGGUAUCCCACUAAUGUUUUCUCACUUGAUGCCGUAUGUAUUUCAUCUGGCCCUUUGGAAGGGAACAGAUCCAAAGGAACUAGAUUCAGUGCCAGUAGGCUAAGGUUGAAGGCAGAAAUUGAUCUAUUCCAAUAGAGUUUGUCUCCUGAAUCGGGAUUUAGCUUCACAGGUGUGAAGCCUGUUUUUGUGGAAUAGAGCUGUAAUAGUGCACAAUGAAAUUUCUUAUUUUAUACAUUUCAUUUUUAUCAAGUCACUGUCAAUUAGUAACAAAUAAAGCCAUGGUAGACUGGUAUAAUCACAUUAUAUAGAAGAAAGUAGAACGUACUGGUCCAAAUAAGUUGCCUUGUAAGAAAACAAGUUGGGGAAGUGUUUGUUUUUUCUUGUAUGUAGUGACUGCUUCAGAAGUUAUUCCUUCCAAAGAUCUCAUAAAACCAGUAUAUCAAAGCUGAAUGUACACAUGAACCUUUAAAUGUGUUUAAAAUUGUGUAGAAACAUCUUUAAUGUUAUGUUAUUUGUGGUACUUAUUUUUUAAAAAGGCUAGGGUCGGAUUAGCAUUAUGUAAAGUAUGGGAAAUUGCAAUGCACCUUUACGCCAAUAAAAUGUAAUUUAAUUGUCCCAAAUAUUGUUGAGAAUUCAGCAAGAAAAACCUGUUGUCCACCUGAAGGUUCAUGCUGCGAUGUUUUGUUUUGUUUUGUUUUUUGUUACAUAGGUACUAAUUUGUAAUUUUUAAUUGAAGGGCAAUAUAAAGCUCUGUAAAUUUUUUUUAUUCAGUAGUGUAUCUUAUAGAUACAGACCUAAGGCACGAACACACUAGCUGUUUAAAUGGUGUUUUAUGUUGAUGGGGGGAAAGGAAGGUGUAUUAAAGAUAUAAUAGUGUAUACAUUUUGUAUAUUAUUCAAUCUUUAAAGAAUCUGAAAUAAAUUUAUUCUUGUUUAUAGA